UAUUCGCGUUGCAAUUAUUCCAAAAAAUUCGCAUUCUCCCUCGAGAUUUGUCAGUCGCUCGGAGAUCUCUCUCUCGCGCUCUCGUUUUUCUAUUCUCGACCUCUCUUCGUUUUUCCUGUCGAUCUCUCUUGCUUACAACUCCUCAUCUCGAUCUCCUUCUAUCUGCCCUAAUCCUCUCUCGAUCUCCUUAUCCCUCGAUCUCCAUCUUCUUUCUCGUCGCCGUCGCCGUCGCCGCCGCCUCUCGUCGAGGGCUCGAUUUGAUCUGAGAGAGGAAGUUUAAGGCCAUUGUCGAGUGCACCAACACUCGGAACCACUAAGAAUCAAAAUCAAAAUAAAGAUAGAGUCGUUGCAUCAUGGAGGAUGCUUUUGCAAGAUCCGUGGCGGAGGUUCUGGAAGCAUUUCGAGUGGAUCCGACCAAAGGCCUCUCGGAUUCACAGGUCGAAGAGAAUGCGAGGAUAUACGGCAGAAAUGUGCUUCCUCAGGAAAAAAGUACUCCCUUCUGGAAACUUGUAUUGAAGCAGUUCGAUGAUUUGCUUGUUAAAAUAUUGAUUGCAGCUGCAGUGGUUUCAUUUAUUUUAGCUUUGAUUAAUGGAGAAACGGGCCUAGCAGCAUUUCUGGAACCUUCUGUAAUUUUAAUGAUAUUGGGAGCAAAUGCAGCAGUUGGCGUUAUAACUGAAACAAAUGCUGAAAAGGCCCUAGAGGAAUUGCGGGCAUAUCAAGCUGAUAUCGCUACUGUUCUUAGAAAUGGUUGCUUUUCAAUACUACCUGCUACGGAGCUUGUACCUGGAGAUAUUGUUGAAGUAGGUGUGGGGUGCAAAGUUCCGGCGGAUAUGAGAAUGAUUGAAAUGCUUAGUAAUCAACUACGAGUUGACCAGGCAAUUCUUACGGGUGAAAGCUGCUCUGUUGCAAAAGAUAUUGAAUCAACUUUAGCAGCUAAUGCUGUUUAUCAGGAUAAAACAAACAUUCUCUUCUCGGGUACCGUCGUGGUGGCUGGCAGGGCUAGAGCUGUUGUUGUUGGCGUAGGAUCUAAUACUGCAAUGGGUAGCAUACGCGAUGCCAUGCUAAGAACAGAAGAUGAAGUCACGCCUUUAAAGAAGAAGCUUGAUGAAUUUGGGACAUUUCUGGCUAAGGUCAUUGCAGGGAUUUGUGUCCUUGUAUGGGUUGUAAAUAUUGGCCAUUUCCAGGAUCCUUCUCAUGGUGGAUUCAUAAGAGGUGCUAUUCAUUACUUCAAGAUUGCAGUGGCUCUUGCGGUUGCAGCAAUACCUGAAGGACUUCCUGCUGUUGUGACAACGUGUUUAGCUCUGGGAACCAAAAGAAUGGCACGGCUAAAUGCAAUUGUUAGGUCAUUGCCAUCAGUGGAGACAUUAGGCUGUACAACAGUAAUUUGCAGUGACAAAACAGGCACUCUCACCACUAACAUGAUGUCUGUAUCAAAGAUCUGUGUUGUUCGGUCUGUGCAUCGUGGUCCUAUCACCAGUGAUUACACUGUUAGUGGAACAACAUUUGCGCCGGAAGGAUUGAUUUUUGAUACUGAAGGCAUUCAGCUAGAGUUUCCUGCCCAGUUUCCUUGUCUUCUUCACAUAGCGAUGUGUUCAGCUCUUUGCAAUGAGUCUACAUUGCAAUACAAUCCAGAUAAAAGAAAUUAUGAAAAAAUUGGCGAGUCAACUGAAGUUGCUUUGCGAGUGCUAGUUGAAAAGGUCGGCCUUCCUGGUUUUGAUUCUAUGCCUUCAGCUCUGAAUAUGCUGAGUAAGCAUGAGCGUGCAUCAUACUGCAACCGAUAUUGGGAACAUCAGUUCAAAAAGAUCUCGCUUUUGGAGUUUUCUCGUGACCGCAAAAUGAUGAGUGUGCUUUGCAGUCGAAAGCAACAGGAGAUUAUGUUCUCCAAAGGUGCACCUGAGUCCAUCAUCUCUAGAUGCACACAUAUUUUGUGCAAUGAUGAUGCUUCCUCUGUUCCAUUAACUACAGACAUUCGUAAUGAGUUGGAGGCUCGAUUCCAAAGUUUUGCAGGAAAAGACAGUCUAAGAUGUUUAGCAUUAGCUCUAAAGCGGAUGCCCACCGGUCAACAGACACUCUCUUAUGAGGAUGAGACGAACCUUACAUUUAUUGGGCUGGUCGGAAUGCUUGAUCCACCGAGGGAGGAAGUAAAAAGUGCCAUGAUUUCAUGUAUGCAAGCUGGCAUUCGAGUUAUCGUUGUUACUGGAGAUAAUAAAUCUACAGCAGAAUCUCUUUGUCGGCAAAUUGGUGCUUUUGAGCACUUAGAUGAUUUUACUGGAUACUCAUAUACAGCAGCAGAGUUUGAAGAACUUCCUCCAAUGCAGCGGACAUUAGCAUUGCAAAGAAUGGUACUCUUCACAAGGGUUGAACCUUCUCAUAAAAAGAUGCUGGUUGAAGCACUGCAAAAUCAAAGUGAAGUGGUUGCAAUGACUGGGGAUGGUGUCAAUGAUGCACCUGCAUUGAAGAAGGCAGAUAUUGGAAUUGCCAUGGGUUCAGGAACAGCUGUAGCAAAGAGUGCUUCUGACAUGGUGUUGGCAGAUGACAAUUUUGCUUCAAUUGUUGCUGCUGUUGCAGAGGGAAGAGCUAUAUACAAUAACACAAGGCAAUUCAUCAGAUAUAUGAUCUCUUCUAAUAUUGGAGAAGUAGUUUGUAUAUUUGUGGGAGCAGUACUUGGGAUGCCUGACACUCUAGUUCCUGUCCAGUUACUUUGGGUGAAUUUGGUUACUGAUGGCCUACCUGCUACAGCAAUUGGUUUCAACAAACAAGAUAGAAAUGUGAUGAUGGUUAAUCCCCGGAAGGCUAAUGAAGCUGUAGUUACUGGAUGGCUAUUUUUGCGUUAUUUAGUAAUUGGAGCUUAUGUUGGUCUUGCUACUAUUGUGGGGUUUGUCUGGUGGUUUGUUUAUUCUGAUGCCGGUCCCAGACUUCCGUAUAAAGAGUUGGUUAACUUUGAUACUUGUUCAACAAGGGAUACGGCAUAUCCAUGCAGUAUAUUUGAUGAUCGGCAUCCAUCCACCGUGUCAAUGACUGUGCUCGUGGUUGUGGAAAUGUUCAAUGCGUUAAAUAACCUAAGUGAAAAUCAGUCACUUCUGGUUAUACCUCCUUGGAGUAAUCUUUGGCUUGUGGGGUCAAUUGUGCUGACUAUGCUCCUCCAUGUACUAAUUUUGUAUAUUGAACCUCUAUCCGUACUUUUCUCUGUGACUCCAUUAACUUGGGCUGAUUGGAGGGUUGUCUUAUAUCUGUCCAUUCCUGUUAUAAUAAUUGAUGAGAUACUUAAGUUCUUUUCAAGAAAGCCUGGAGGUAAAAGGUUCAACUUUAGAUUCAGAAGACAUGAUUUGCUCCCAAAAGAAGCUCGGGACAAGUAAAUUACUGCCACAUCUCGGCAAGUUUUUGACCUUAGUAGGCUCCACGAGUCAAGGUUGAUACAAUCUUCGACGAGAGAGAGCUGAGCUUUGUGAAAGAGCUGUAGUGGAAAUCUGGUUGUAUACCCCACUGUAUUGUGUAGGCAAGGAUAACAUUUAAUUUAGAGAACGUUUGUUUGUAAUCCAUAUAUUGGGUAGCUAAUAAUGUAGCAUCCAGUUUUUUCACAGUAACACUUUUUUUAUUUAAUGAAAGAUCCAAAAAUGUAUUCAUUUGUAAAAUAUGAAGCUCUUGUACUUGUAUAAAAAGGGGCUUGUCAGAAAAUGAUGUCAAUUUUUAUUAGCAAUUUUAUACCAAGAACUUUCAUAAGUUUAAUGCA